AUUACAGCCUAACUUGGCCUAUUUUUCUCUCACACUUUUUUAAGGGAAUGCUCUUCUCUUCCUCCCUUUUUGUCCCGCCGGAUACUUGACAUUGAAUCGUUUUGUGGGACUCCGUGUUGCCGGCUUCUUUUUCCCACCCCAACCCCAACCCCAACCCCAACCCCAACCCCAACCCCAACCCAUCAUACAUUUUUGUUAGCAAAAAUUGUUGAUGGGUUUACAAAGCCGUCGCGACUGCCACCAACAGCCACCUUCUCAUCAACGCCAAGGAUCAUCAUGCUCUAACCAAGACUUUGACCUUGACCUUGACCUUUCGUGGCCGUUUGGGAAGUUAAAUGGGGUCGAUAAGGAUGACAUACGUGAGACUUCUUACGAGGUGUUCUUCACCUCGUGCAGGUCUUCCCCAGGGUUCGGGGGAAGAACUGCCUUGGCAUUCUAUUCACAUAAUAAUGAUCAUCAUGGAGAUACUUGUCAUGGCAAUAACAGUGGACCAGGGUCGGCAGCGCGUGCGAAUGGGGUGGGGAUGGUGACAAAUAGUAGGAUAAAAAGGGCGUUAGGGUUGCGGACCCUUAAGCGAAUGCCUUCUAGGAGAUCAUCCCUUGGCGGGGCCGUUAUGACGACCGGCCCGUCUUCACCUCAUGCUUAUGGUCAUUCACACAACUCAAGUAUCCCCGGGAUUUCGUUCACUGUUCCUAGUAGAACGUCGCGGCGACCUUUAACAUCAGCCGAGAUAAUGAGGUUGCAAAUGAGGGUCACUGAGCAAGGUGAUAAUAGGCUUCGUAAGACGCUUAUGAGAACUCUUGUUGGCCAAAUGGGCAGGCGAGCAGAGACAAUAAUCCUUCCACUUGAGCUACUUCGUCAUUUAAAGCCAUCGGAAUUUAGAGACCAUGCAGAAUACCACUUUUGGCAAAAAAGACAGCUAAAGAUACUCGAAACCGGGUUGAUUCUUCAUCCAUCAAUCCCUCUUGAGAAACGAAACUCAUGUGCUAUAAAGCUUAAAGAAAUAAUGCGAGCCAACGAAGAUAGGCCUAUUGACACCAGCAAAAAUUCAGAGACCAUGAAACAAUUAUGCAAUUGUGUCCUCUCCCUAGCUUGGCGGGGGGCGAAUGGUAAUCCUACCGAUGUAUGUCACUGGGCAGAUGGACACCCACUCAAUCUACACUUAUAUAUUGCAUUGCUCCAGUCGAUAUUUGACCACAAGGAUGAGACCGGUGUCUUAGAUGAGGUAGAUGAGCUCAUGGAGCUAAUGAAAAAGACAUGGUCUACCUUUGGGAUCACUAGACCUGUACACAAUGUGUGCUUCACUUGGGUGCUUUUCCAGCAGUAUGUUAUCACAGGACAGACCGAGCCUGAUCUUUUGUGCGGGACAUUGAGUAUGCUAGUUGAGGUGGAUAAUGAUGCUAAGAAGCCGGGAGAUAGAGAGGAAAAUUAUGUGAAAACUCUGGCUUCUGUAAUGACCUCGAUUAUUGGAUGGUCAGAGAAGAAAUUGCUUAAUUAUCAUGAGGGAAUCUGUAAGAGUAGUGCUCAUGUGAUCAUGGAGAAUCUACUUCCUCUGGUUCUGCAGGCAAGAAAGAUACUGGAUGAAGAUGUUUCUGCAACCAUAAUUGCCAGGCAAGAACAUGGAGUGGGGAUUGAGACACCGCCUGAGUUGGCUGGAAAUCGGGUUGACUACUACAUUCGUUCCUCGGUGCGAAAUUCAUUCUCAAAGAUAGCAGAAAGUAUGAAUAUAGCCGGUAUGCAACUAGAGGGAGAGAAAGAGGUGAGUGAAGCACUCGUAAAUUUAGCACAAGGGACAGAAGAACUGGCUGCAAAAGAGAAGGAAACUUACAGCAACAGUUUAAAAAGAUGGCACCCGGUAUCUGCUGCAAUAGCAUCUGUCACAUUGCAUAAUUGUUAUGGAGCAAUAUUGCAGCAAUAUCUAUCUGGGGUAUCAAUGCUCACAACAGAGGCCAUCAAUGUGCUCCAUAAGGCUGGGAGACUUGAAAAGAUUUUGGUGCAAAUGGUGGUUGAAGACACGGUUGAUUGUGAAGAUGGAGGAAAGUCCAUUGUUAGAGAGAUGGUCCCUUAUGAAGUUGACUCAAUCAUUAUAAGGCUUUUAAGAAAAUGGAUCGAGGAGAGGCUUCGAAAGGGAAGAGAUUGUGUUCAAAGAGCCAAGGAAACUGAAACAUGGAAUCCAAAGUCAAAAGCAGAGCCAUUCGCGCAAUCAGCAGUUGAACUAAUGCAGAUAGCUAAGCAAACUAUUGACGAUUUCUUUGAGAUUCCUGUUGGACUCUCUGAUGAUUUAGUCCAAGAUCUAGCUGAUGGUCUCGAACGCGUAAUCCGAGAAUAUUCAAGCUUUGUUGCUGGUUGUGGAACAAAGCAGAGCUAUGUCCCAACCCUUCCUCCUCUAACAAGAUGCAAUCGAGAUUCCAAGUUUGUCAAACUUUGGAAAAGAGCAGGUUGUAGUGUUGGCAUGCAAGAGCUCCACCAUUACAUGGCUGCAAUCGAAGGUCAUCAUGCACGCCCAUCAACAAGUCGUGGGACACAACGCCUCUACAUCCGCCUCAACACCUUACACUACCUCCUCUCCCACCUCAACUCCCUUGACAAGACCCUUGCCUUAUCCCCAAGAGUCAACCCUAAUACCCAAAAGCGCUACCCUAAUAGCCGGAGAAACCUAGGAAACUCCACCACCUACUUCGAGCUUGCACGUGCCUCAAUGCAAGGCGCCAUCCAACAUGUUGGUGAGGUGUCUGCCUACCGACUUAUCUUCUUAGACUCAAAUUCCAUUUUCUAUGAGUGCCUUUAUGUCUUUAGUGUGUCUAAUUCAAGGAUAAGGCCCGCUUUGAGGAUUCUUAAGCAAAACCUCACACUAUUAGGCGCGAUUUUGAUUGAUCAUGCUCAACCACUAGCAGUAAAAGAGGUGAUGAAGGCAGCAUUUGAAGCAUACUUAAUGGUGUUACUUGCAGGAGGAUGUACUCGUACCUUUUACAGGUCAGACUAUGACAUGAUUGAAGAGGACUUUGAGUGCUUGAAACGGGUUUUUUGCACAAGCGGGGUAGGACUGAUAGCCGAGGAUGAUGUUGACAAAGAAGCAGAGGUGGUACAAGGAGUGGUUGACCUCAUGGGACAGCCCACCGAGCAACUAGUAGAGGACUUCAGCAUCGUAGCUUGUGAAAGGAGUGGCAUGGGGAUCAAUGCAGCAGCAAAGAAGUUACCAAUGCCACCAACAACAGGAAGGUGGAAUAGAUCAGAUCCCAACACAAUACUCAGAGUAUUAUGUCAUAGAAAUGAUAGAUCAGCAAAUCAUUUUUUGAAAAGAACAUUUCAGUUGCCCAAGAGAAGAUGAUGAUAACAACAACGACAAUGGUCAUGAUGAUGCUGAUGCAUCUCUAUCUUUGUAGCUUGAGCUUUAGAGUUUGUAAAGUUGGGUGAUUACAUGGAAACCAAUAUGCUUUUAAACCAUUUUUCUGAAAUCCAAAGACAUAUAUAGUUUCAUUUUGCAGCAGAAAAUUGUGAAGGAGAUUAACGUACUGUACAAAAAUUGUACCGAUGUUUAUCAGAAUUCAGAGCAUUUACCCCAUGGAGGAGAUCUUGUACUUAAUUUUUUCUCCUCUUUUUAUUUCCCUUCCCUAAUUUCUUAUUGAGGAUGACAUGUUCAAUCUUGUUAAUGAAUAAUAGGCAUGCUGUGUAGCCUUUGGAAGUGGUUCACCGUA